CCUUCACCACUUCGCCCUCCUUGCAAAGCCUCAGACCGAAUUUUUUUCCUUUGGCGAGGUGUGAACUCAGCUCCUCCAUCUACCAUCAGCAACCUGGUGAUUCAGCACAUUGCCAGCAUGGCCAGCAUGGCCAGCAGAGCCUCCCUCCGCGAUACUGCAGGCUAUGGCGCUGGUCUCCAUAAAUUUCACCUAUUCUGCGACAUAUUUUCCAUACCUGAGCCAGACAGGCUGCCUGCCUCCUUCGAGCUACUCCACUCCUUUGUAUUAUGGGCAGUCACUGACCCGGAGCCAGGCGACUCAUUGCUUUCAGUCACUGGUCAAACCCCAUUCGAGCCAAUCUCUGUCAAUGUCGCUCGAAAAUACCUUUCAGCAGUUCGAGCCUGGCACAUAGCCCAAGGUUGGCUUCCCCCAUUGUCCGACGCACACCAUGAGCACAUUAACUGGUCCUUGCAUGGACUCAAGAACCUGCAGAGUGGCCAUUGGAAGCCACUGUGCCCCCCCAUCACUCUGCCAAUGCUCACUGCACUCAAAGCAACUCUGUCCUUAUCUGAUCCCUUUGAUGCAUGUGUGUGGGCAAUGGCCUCAUGUGCCUUUUUCGGCAUGAUGCACUUCAGCAAAGUUUCAGUUGCAUCACGAGUAGCCUUUUCCCCCUCUAAGCACCUUACCAGAGCAGAUGCCUUCUUUGGUAGAGACCUCCGAAACAGUCCCUACGCACGCUUAGACCUCCCAUCAGUGAAAACGGCUUGA